AGCCAGCCCUGUGGUGACGCGGUUGGAACUUUCAGUCCCCGCCCCCUUCGAGGAGUGGACCUGGCUGGAGUCUGCAUCAGCUGGCAGUGGCCAGUGAUGUCAUCAACUAUGCCCACAUAAUGAAGCCUCCAUGAAACUCCAAAAGGGUGGCUGGGAGGGCUGCUGGGUUGGUGAACACAUGGAGAUUUGGGGAUUGUGGUGCACCCAGAGGGCGUGGAGACUCUGCACCCUGUCCCCACAACGUGCCCCAUGAGUCACUUCCAUCUGGCUGUUCCUCAAUGACAUCCUUCCAGAACGAGCUGGUGAUCUAAGAACAGCCUAUCUUCACCACGCGGGCACACGUCUUCCAGAUCGACCCCAGCACCAAGAAGAACUGGGUGCCUGCAAGCAAGCAGGCGGUCACCGUCUCCUACUUCUACGAUGUCACCAGGAACAGCUAUCGCAUCAUCAGCGUGGAUGGAGCCAAGGUGAUUAUAAACAGCACCAUCACACCCAACAUGACCUUCACCAAGACGUCGCAGAAGUUUGGGCAGUGGGCGGACAGCAGAGCCAACACGGUGUUCGGCCUGGGGUUCUCCUCGGAGCAGCAGCUGACAAAGUUUGCAGAGAAAUUCCAGGAGGUGAAAGAAGCCGCCAGACUAGCCAGAGACAAGUCCCAGGAGAAAACAGAGACUUCGAGCAAUCAUUCCCAAGAAUCUGGGUGUGAAAGCCCGUCUUCUACUCAGGCAUCCAGCGUCAACGGGACGGACGAUGAAAAGGCCUCUCACGUGGGUCCUGCUGACACGCACCUGAAGUCUGAGAACGACAAGCUGAAGAUUGCUUUGACGCAGAGCGCCGCCAACGUGAAGAAGUGGGAGGUGGAACUGCAGACCCUGCGGGAGGGCAACGCCCGGCUGACGGCAGCGCUUCAGGAGUCGGCCGCCAGCGUGGAGCAGUGGAAGCGCCAGUUCUCCCUGUGCCGCGAGGAGAACGAUCGGCUCCGGAACAAGAUUGACGAGCUGGAGGAGCAGUGCAGCGAGAUAAACAGAGAGAAGGAGAGGAACACGCAGCUGAAGCAGAGGAUCGAGGAGCUGGAGUCCGAAGUGCGGGAGAAGGAGACGGAGUUGAAUGACCUCCGCAAACAAAGUGAAAUCAUACCUCAGCUCAUGUCAGAGUGCGAAUACGUCUCUGAGAAGUUAGAGGCGGCAGAGAGAGACAAUCAGAACCUGGAGGGCAAGGUGCGGUCCCUCAAGACGGACAUUGAGGAGAGUAAGUACCGCCAGCGCCACCUGAAGGUGGAGCUCAAGAGCUUCCUGGAGGUGCUGGACGCGAAGAUCGACGGCCUGCACGACUUCCGCCGCGGCCUCUCCAAGCUGGGGGCCGACAGCUAGGGGCUGAGGGCUGGGGCGUCCUCCCGUGUGCGUCGCUCUGUUAGUGCAGGUGUGGUUUGUUGCGCCUCCACACCCGUGGUGCCGUCCACUCUCCCCUCCGGAACACACGCCUCCUCUCGCCUCCCUGACCUCGCGAGGCUGCGGACAUCUGGAAGGUUCUGACUCAGGAAUCCCGCGCUAGGUCUCCCUUAAACGUUUACGUAGUCAGGGCAGGGAUGUUUGUAUCUUUCUUAAGGGCUGUUGCGACCAUACCAACUGAGCAAAGGAUUUUCUAUUACAAGUAGGAACACGCUUUCCACCUCCUUUUUUUGGAAGAACGUUCAGAGUGUUUGAACGU